AGGGUGGAGCCUGGCAGGACGCAUUACUAAGGCGACGGGCUCGACGCCUCCCCGCUUCGGGAUGAAUUAGCGGCGGGUUCUGCUCGCAGGUUGUGACCCCCGUGGAGUCGCAGUCUCUCUCCAGUGUCCCCGCGACGUGGCGCGUUUUCCCCGGCGUGUCCCAGAAUCAUGGUGUCAUGGAAGGGGCUUUAUUUUAUACUCUUCCUGUUUGCGGGAAGCUUUUUUGGAAGUAUUUUUAUGCUGGGUCCCAUUAUUCCUUUGAUGUUUAUAAACCUGUCAUGGUAUCGCUGGAUCAGCAGCCGUCUUGUAGCUACGUGGCUCACACUUCCUGUGGCAUUGUUGGAGAUCAUGUUUGGUGUAAAAGUGGUUAUAACGGGUGAUGCGUUUGUACCUGGAGAAAGGAGUGUCAUCAUCAUGAACCAUCGAACCAGGGUAGACUGGAUGUUCCUGUGGAAUUGUCUAAUGAGAUACAGCUACCUCAGAUUGGAGAAAAUUUGCCUCAAAUCCAGUCUCAAAAGUGUUCCUGGGUUUGGCUGGGCCAUGCAAGCUGCUGCCUUUAUCUUCAUUCAUAGGAAAUGGAAGGAUGAUAAGAGCCAUUUUGAAGACAUGAUUGAUUAUUUUUCUGACAUCCAUGAACCACUGCAACUUCUCAUCUUUCCAGAAGGAACUGAUCUCACAGAAAAUAACAAGGCUCGGAGUAAUGAUUUUGCUGAGAAGAAUGGACUUCAAAAAUAUGAGUAUGUUUUACAUCCAAGAACUACAGGCUUUACUUUUGUGGUGGACCGUCUAAGAGAAGGUAAGAACCUCGAUGCUGUCCAUGACAUCACUGUGGCAUAUCCUUACAACAUUCCUCAAACUGAGAAGCACCUCCUCCGUGGAGACUUUCCCAGGGAGAUCCACUUCCAUGUCCAUAGGUAUCCAAUAGACACCCUUCCCACAUCCAAGGAGGACCUUCAGCUCUGGUGCCACAAGAGGUGGGAAGAAAAGGAAGAGAGGCUGCGCUCUUUCUACCAAGGAGAGAAAACCUUCCACUUUACUGGGCAGAGUACAGUUCCACCUUGCAAGUCUGAGCUCAGAGUCCUGGUGGUCAAGCUGCUGUCCAUACUGUACUGGACCCUGUUCUGCUCUGCAAUGUGCCUGCUUGUAUAUUGGUACAGCCCUAUUUGGUGGUAUUUCAUAAUCAGCAUUGUGUUUUUUGUGCUGCAGGAGAGAAUAUUUGGUGGACUGGAAUUCAUUGAACUUGCAUGUUACCGUUUUUCCCACAAGCACUCACAUUUAAACUCAAAGAAAAACAAGUAAGAUGGUUACAUUCACCAUGUGAAACCCUAGGAGCAUUAUGGAAAUGUCAGAGCCUUUAUAAAUUGAGAUGCGUUUUGCAUGAUUGUCAAAUGUUUCUUACUAUCAUCAUUCUUUGUUAAAGAUAUUUUGCACUUAA